UCAGCCAUCUUCUGUGUAGCUACAGUUUCUCUGCACUCAAAUUAAUCCCUGGCGAUGAAAAAUGAGCCUCUCCCCCACCCUUGCUGCAGACUUUCACCUCACGCCCCCAGAGAAGAGUUGCUUCGCGAGGCAGCUGGUGAAGGUUUUUUUCCAAGUCACAUGAUCCAGGAUGCAGGGGAGAAUCCUUCUUGGAACCGAGAUGGGCCCAGAACCGAAUCAGAUGAGGAGAGAUAAGGUGUGAUGUGGGGAAGACUAUAUAAGAAUGGGCCCAGGACUGCAGCAAGCACUCAGCCGAGUGGCCCCUUCUCAAGACACAGCCAUGCAUGAACCAACAGGCUCCGCCGUCACCAGCCACUUGGGAACCACUGGCCGUUAUUUCUAUUUCACCACAGCCACACUGGCUGUGUGUCUCAUCUUUGCUGUGGCAACCAUUAUGGUGUUGGUAGUUCAGAAGACGGACUCCAUUCCCAACUCACCAGGAUUAUUCCUUCUUAAAGGAGGAAAUUACUCAGAGGACAUCUCACAUAUCCUGGAAAGGGCUCCAUUCAAGAAGUCAUGGGCCUACCUCCAAGUAUCAAAGCACAUAAACAAAACCAAGUUGACAUGGAACAAAGAUGGCAUCGUCCAUGGAGUCAAACAUCAGGACGGGAACCUGGUCAUUCAGUUCCCAGGUUGGUACUUCAUUAUUUGCCAACUACAGUUUCAUGUCAAAUGCCCGGAACAUUCUGUCGACCUAAAGUUGGAACUUCUCAUCAACAAAGAUGUCAAAAAGCAGACACUGGUGACAGUGUGUGAGUCUGGAGUGCAAACCAAAAAGAUAUACCAGAAUCUCUUUCAGUUCCUGCUGCAGCACCUACAAGUCAACAGCACCAUAUCAGUCCAGGUGGAUAAAUUCCAGUAUGUGGAUACAAACACCUUCCCUCUUGAGAAUGUGUUGUCCGUCUUCUUAUACAGUAGUUCAGACUGAACCUUUUCUCCUGGCCUCUGUCAUAUAGCACUUCAUCCAUCCAAACACUUGGGCAAAAAGGAAACUCUAGAACAAGACUGAAAUCACAAAGGGUGUUAAAUAGUAUGCUUCUCCUUCUGUCUCUUGGGAAGAUACAGCUCCAGGGUUAAAAAGAAAAUUUCAGACAGAUGGCAGGGAAGCAGUAUGGCGUGGUGGACAGAGCCCCACAUGAGAAUCAGAAGGGAUGGCUUUACGCCCCAACCACUAACUCACAGUAUGACCUGGAGCUAUUCCUUUCCCAUCCUGGGAACUCAGGAUCCACAUCUGAAGAAUGAAAGGGCUGGAUCAGAAUCUCUCCAAAGUCUCUUCCAUCUCCGAAGACCAGCCUCUCUCGUCACAGACCUGUGAACUAAGAUUCCAGACAGUGCUCUGGAAGCCCCCAGGCAAAGGGAAGGCCCUCACACCAGUAUAAAACCAAUAGUACUAUUAGCUUUUGGCUGCCUGUCACCUCCACAGAGUCAGAAUUUGGAGACAACGUUCAGGGCACCUAUCCAAAUGGUAUGAAUUAUAGGACCUAUUAAUGUGUAUAAAAACAAAAAACAAAAAACAGAAACUGCCAAACUGACCAUCCCGAAUCUAAGAGGCCUUCUGGGUAUUUGGAAAACUGUCUGACCAGGUUCGACUCCAUUCUAGUUAAGGGGAACAAUAACUCAACAACAGACGGUUUUUGGUGUUUGUCAGGAAAGUACUGUGCAUUCAGCCAACUCUCAGAUCAGUGUGCAGUGGUCCAAACGGUGUGGUUAUUUGGUCAGGGCAUAGCUUCUGCCAUCUCCCUC